AUGCCAGCUCCGACUCCCGGCCUCCAGUCCAUCUCGGACUUGACCACAACCUCGCGUAUCACCACCGGCGACAUCCCCCCGCCCUUGGUCGGCGCAACAAUGACCAUCGUCGACGACAAACUCUUCCUCUUUGGCGGCAGACUCAUCCAGAACAGGCAAAUGACAAACUCGCUUUUUGUCCUCAACCUCAGUGACUUUCAUUGGCAGAACGUCUCGGAGAUCGUCAACGUCACCCCAAAACGAGCCAUUGGUGACCCCGGAGCAGAGGAUGAGAACGAGAUGGGUACCCCUCCAACCGAGCGCUAUUUCCACUCGGCCAAUGCCUACAAGAACACCAUCGUCAUCUUUGGUGGUAUGGGCCCUUCAUCCUCAGGAUCUGCAGAGGGUCAGCCCCAGGACCUCGUCGUUUUUGACGAUAUCAACGUCUUGGACCUCGAGCUUCUUCAGUGGCGCCAAGUCCGUAUCCCAUCCUCACCACACGCACCAAAGCCCCGUUAUGCGCAUCUCAGCAGUGUCUCCGGCAAUAAGUUGGUCAUUAUUGGAGGUCAGGACAUCAACAACCAGUACAUCGAGGAAGUGAGUGUCCUCGACCUCGACUGCCUCCAAUGGGUCGCCUCAAUGCCCUUUGAGAAGCACUGCGGUUCUUAUCGUUCCAUUGCCGUCAGCGGCAGUGGCAAGGGCUCGUUCAUGCCCCUCAUCGGAAGCGAGGCUGAAUCGCUGUCGCCUACCCUUUCGCCCACGUCGGUCACUUCGGAUGGAUUCCCAACGUCGUACCUGCGCAAGACCCCCUCCAACACCUCCCUCCACUACACUCCGUCGCUCCGCCGCAGCUCAUCCAACCUUGCCCUCUCCAAAAAGGGUUCCCACAUGUCGCGUUUGUCGAUCGGAUCUGGAGGCUUGGCAGCCUCGCCUCCUACAAACGACCAGCGUACAUCUGUCUACCGACUGUCCCAGUCGAUGACGUCCGGUCCCCCUGUCCAGCAGGAGGAGAACCCUGUAUAUAUUUACUCCAACUUCAACUUUACCGAUGUCAAGCGUGAGCUCCAGGUCUUGACUCCUCCUGGCUUUGUCACUCAGGACCACUCUCACUCAAUGACGGGCAAUGUCCUUCCUCCUGGCCUGCGAUUCCCCACAGGAGCCAUUGCUGGACAGCAUCUCCUCCUGUCCGGAACCUAUCUCACCAACGCUCACCAGUCGUUCAGCAUUUGGUCUCUGAACCUCUCCAGUUUGGCCUGGACUCGCAUUGACACGGGCACUGUCUUCAGCACUGGAUCUUGGAACCGAGGUCUGUUGUUGGAGAACUCGAACGCCUACCUAGUCUUUGGUAACAAGUCACGUAGUCUCGCGGAUGACUACCAGAACCGUCAGACCAACUUUGAGCAUGUCUCGAUCGUCGAUCUAGAGGCCUUUGGCAUCUAUCAACACCCUCCUACCACCAUGACCCAGACAGCUCAGGAGCUCGGUCUCAGCCUGCUGAACGAUCCUUCGAUGGCCGACUUUGAGAUCUUAACUCAGGACGAGCAGAGGAUCCCCGUCAACUCGGCCAUCCUCUCGGCUCGCUGGCCCUAUUUUGGAGCACUGAUGCGAGAACAGGAGGAAAAGGAGGCAGCACAAUGCAAAACCGAUAACACCGAACACGACCCAACUCUUUCAACCAAAAAGACGCUCUCCCUCCCAGAGCCGUACACUGUUGUUUUGGCGUUCCUGCAGUACCUUUACACGGAUCACUUGGUCACGGCACAACAGCACCACGCGCAAGUCCUGUCGCAGCUCCUGCUUCUCGCAGAUAUGUAUGGACUGGACCGUCUCAGGGACUUGGCGACACAUGCGCUUCACCAGAUGCUCAACAUGUCGACGGCGGCCAUGGUUUACGAAACAGCAGCACUUUCACAGCAGAUUGGACUUCAAAUCCGGUCUCUUAAGGUCAUGAUUGCGGCCAAGAAGAUGCUACAGCAACAACAACUCAAACUCCAGCAACAACAGGCGAUUAGCCAGAGUGUCUCUGCCAACAAUGCCUGGAGCUCAUCUGAGCCCUAUCACCCGAAUGGAGGAACAGGAGGCGAGGAUCAAUCCCACUACAGCCCUUACAGCAGCAGUAGCGUCAACGGACAUAUUCCAUAUAUGUCACAACAGCACAACAUCCACGGACUGUUCCAACCCAACCCACCCCCACCACUUUCACCCACUUCAACCACUGGACCCCCCUCACCCGAUUACAGCCGCCUUUCGAUGCAGGGCUCGACGGCUUUGCCUCACCCUAUGCUCAGGAAUCGAGGUUCGGUCAUUGGUACGAUGCCUCCUCAACACUGGAAUACGGAGCCUCUGACACCACCACCGGUGUCGCCUCCUCCUCCAGCGGCAGCAGUGCCGUCAACGCCUCCAACGACCACAAAGUCAUCGUUCUUCUCCUUCCCUGGAUCCAAGAACAAGUCGUCGAAUGCGGCAAGCUCUGGCGCAAGCACACGGUCUGGCUCCAGUACGAGUACAAAGAGAGGAAUCCCAGCCUUUGCCAGUAUGGGCGUAGCUCCCAUCACUGGAGUCCAUUCGGAUACGGGCAGUGUCAAGAGUGGUAAAAGCGGAUCUGGAUCUGAUAUGGGAGACAAGAAGAAGCCGGACGAGGCAGCCAAGAAGGAGGUUAUUCAAAAACUCAUGGACACCAGCUUCUUGUCCAUGGGAGGAGGUGGAGUUGGUAACACAAUGAUGGGACCCUUUGGAGGUCGAUAA